AUGGAACAGGCCAAAAACGUAAUUGGUCGUCUUGGAAGAAACCGUCGGUUCGUAUCCUUUGGCUAUGUCCCUUUCUUCAAGCACAUUAAUGUGCAAAAUGUCCGUUUCAACAAAGACGAGUCCCUGAAAGCGCACUGCCUCCAUAUUGUGCUGGAAAUCAUGGACACAGAGAGCCCCAGUGACUGGACAUCGGAGCAUUUGCGAUCGGAUCAAAUUGACCAUGCUGCAUAUAACGUGGUCGUGUUAAACUGGAUCCGCCAGUUUUACAAAAGUACAGCUUAUUAUGUACAUGUUCUGUCAUUCACAGUUUUGGCUAUGCUCUACUCUACUUGCAAAAAAAAAAACUAA